CUCCCCUCCAUCUCUUCCACCCCCCACCCGACGCAGCGAGAAGUUUGUAGGCAAACUGGCUCAAAACAUCUGACAAAUUGAUAAAUUUUAACGAGAGCCUUAUUUUUUUCACACUUCUCUUAUAUUUGAUUGGCCCUAUGAAUUUCUUAUAGUUCCGUGCAACUAUACGGUUAGUUAUGAUAAUUACGUUUCCGAUGCUGAAAACGAAUGUGUCUGCUGCUUUCAUAGUAGUUUAGCAAUCUGAGCUUGUUCUCUCUAUCUUUGCGAUAUAACUGGACAUCGACUGACAUCACAAUUGUGCGAUAUUUGAGACGCCCUGUGCUAUGAUAGUAUCUUCAUGUUUCAGAUUAUAGUAUAAUCUUCCCAUUUGUCCGUCAUGAUCGAUUUUACAUGAUCUCUAAGACCCUGGUCGUAAAAUAGAUUUUCAAUCAAGAACAUUUAUCAGUAAAACUUGUAGGUAUGGAGGGAACCACUGAAGUAACUGAAACAGAUGUGUCUGUGAACUCUCACAUUUCACCUGAGGAAAUGAACAGAUUUUGUGAGGCAUCUGAGGUAGUGGUGUCAGAAGCUGUUUCGUGUGAAACUGAGGCCUCUACAUCUAGUUCAGUUAUUAUGACCACCCCUCGAACUCAAGAAGUCCCAAUGGUCAGCUUAUCUGGUGGCAAGGCAGUAUAUCUCUCUGAUCAAUUUACUGCUGUGCUUGUCAAACCAGAGUCGCUGUUGUAUGGUGUUGAAGUUCCUGUUGUGAAGAAAGAACCAGAUGAGUUGCCCUCUAAUGAUAUAAUCACUGUAGCUGCUUCUUCAGGAGUUUAUUCUGAUGGGGUUUCUGUUCCUGUCACUCAACUUCCAUGGCUUGCACCUAUUAGUCAACCUAUCGAUCAGAAGGAUGUGCCUGAUGACGCACAGAAGACUCAAAAUCCGAUGUUGGUUCCCCAUGAAACCUCACCUGAUUCUGCAUCAGCAACACCUGCAGCUCCUUACAUGUUUGAAAGUAAAGAUCGCCUUUUUGAGUGUGAAUUCUGUCCUAACAUUCGAUUUACGAGAGGACAAUUGCGACGUCACAAAACAGUCCACUUAGGACAAAGGAAUUAUAUAUGCAAUACUUGUGGGAAAAGGUUUGCUUGGAAACACUCUUUAUUGAAGCAUGCGGUCCUUCACACUGGUCAAGCACCAUUUUCAUGUGGCCAGUGUGGAAAACUGUUCUCAGCAGCCCAUCAUCUCCAGCAUCAUGUUAAGCAGCAUGAAGUUCAGAGACGCUUUGAAUGCACCAAAUGUGACAAAGUGUUUACUCAGUCUGAGGAGCUUACCAUGCAUCUUGAAUCUCAUUCAGAUAAUGAAACCUACAUGUGUAGUAUCUGUGCAAAAUGUUUUGUUUCAAAGUUCGAAUUAAGUGCGCAUGUGCGUUCUCAUAAUGAUACCAGUGGCAUUUCCAUGGCAACUGAGGAUGAUUCACUGCUUAAACAAAAUGUGGCGCACAGUGGCAUAGUUUACGUUACCCAGCCUGAUUUAACGGGAGGCCAGGUGAUAACCCAUGAAAAGCUUGUAAGUGGAGCCGUCAAUCAAAUAACUCCGCACAUUGUUACUCUACAGGCUGCAAAUCCCAAUGUACCUGUUACUUCAGUUGCUUCUUGCCCAAGCACAUAAAUAAUUUCAAUGUAUAUUUGUUUUGUGUGAAAGUUCUUUAAUAUUGAUCUGUAGCCCUUUGUCUUCCUACUAACAUUUCGGAACUCAUUUCCUUGUUGUGAUACUGUGCAUUAAAAACAACUUUUUUCUUUUCUUACGUUUUGUCUGUAGUGUCAGUGAAACCAAAACGUUUCUAACCAACAAUGUGGGUUUCACAGUUGUCUUUCUGACUAGCAUUUAAGGGCAAAUGUGUCUUGAUGUUGUUUGGUUUAUUCAGAUCAUAUCUAAUUAUAGUAUAAGAUGUAGAUGUUGUGUGUACAAAUUAGUAUGAAAACCUCUAUUUCAUGUAGUUUUGUUUAAUGCCUUUAAAGGGCCAAAUGAGUUAUGCAAUAUAAGAAGGUAGUUUCUUAAUAUUUUUUUUAUUUUCUUACUUUUUUCUGCUGUGCACUUAAUUUUCUCUCUUUCAUUGGGUAACCAUUCAUACUUUUGUGUCAUAAGAAGAAUGGUGCUGCUAGCAAUUUGAAUGGUUUCUAUCCAACUGUGAUAUCCAUUUCAAACAAAAGUGUAAGUAAUCGUGAUCAGUUAUUUGGAAAAAGAAAAAAAAAGAGUAGGUUUAUCUCUUUAAAAUGUGUUGUUUAUAAUACUCUCUCCAAGAUUAUGUCACCCUCUCAAAAUAAAAACGUUGGAUCAUCUACUAUGAAGAACAAAUCCUUCAAAGGCUGCACACAGGUUUUUGAACCAUUACUCCAAUUUGGGUAGUGAUGCAUUAAUUUUGUUCAAACAAUUUGGUUUAGGAUUAUUGAUCUUUGGUGCAUUUAAGUACAUGGGAAAUAUUGGUGUGUUAACAUUUUUGCUUGUGGAUAUUGAAAUAAUACUUAACAGUCGGCGAAAGAGUAUUAAGGUGCUGCCUUUAUUGUUUUACCUGCCUCUCACACUUAUUCCAUGUUAUUUCACUAUGAGGUGACUGAUGGUGAAUAUUUGUUUAAGUUUAAAGGUGCUCCAUUUCCCAAGUUAUUCCUAUGUGAUAAAUUAGUAACAGAUUACUUAUUUAGGAAGCCAUUGAUUAUGAUGUAUUUUUGUGUCAUCUUCUGUUAUGUACAAUUGUUGUAAGUGUUAUAAAUUUUAUGAGGGUUAAAGUUUAUUUGAUUUUUAAGAGGAGAGCUUCAACACUUCUUUAUUUAUGUUGAUUGGAAAAUGUAGUGUUAGUUUAUACAGCAAGUGGUAUCAGCUGUUUUGUGCCACUGUGUGCGUACUUCAUUUAAAUUUAUGAGACACUGCAUCACAUUUUCAACAAACAAUUUUCCUCAUUUGACAAAUAUAGGUGAUGGGGUUGUUUUUACAUUUCCAAUGACCCAUUAUCUACCCACUCAAUGGUUCUGAAACUACUGGAUAAUUUUGAUCUUAAAUAUUAUAUUUUGAGUGCUCUAAAAUGUUAACUUCUUUUGUAAGUGGUAUUGGGCUACAUUCCAUUUUUAAGACGUAUGAUCUAAACUUGAGUUAUUUAGGAGUAUUAAUCUCACUAUAUAAUGAUGUAUAUGUAUGUGAUGAUUUAAUUGGAGGCAUGUUAUAUGCCUCUGAUCUGCUUUCAUGCAUAAGAACUCUAAGGAGUACCUUUCACUGCUAUUGUCACAAUGUCUCCGAAUGCUCUUGUGUUCCUAUGUGUUUGGAGGCAUGUUAUUCCUGCUUACCGAAUUAAGUGAUAUUGUCAUUAAUAUUUUAUGUACUUUUCUUUAGAGUAGAAGUCUACACUAUUACAAGUAAAUGUUUUUAACCUCUUUAUAUUUCAUCAUUGGGUUUUGUCUAUUACGAUUAAGUAUUGAAAAUACUUUCUAUGAUUGUGACCUAUGCAUGAUAAAAGUUGCAAGAGUGUCCUGUUUCCUUUUGCUUUGCUAAGUUUGUUCUUGCUCUUUCGUUUUGUUAAUGUUUGAUUUAAAAAAAAUAAGUUGGGAAAUUAUUGGUAAUUAAAUAACUGCUGUACCCCUAAAAAGUUCCUUUCUAAUGACAUAUUCUUAAGAAAAUAAAAUAAUCUUACAGUCCAA